AUGAGUCCCUGUGGUCUUGGUGGCAGCUCCUCGUCGAAGGAGACCACUGAGGCUGUUUCUGAGACGGGCUGGUGUGCAGAAGUGUAUUUCGGCGGCUCUGGCCAAGCCAGAUUGUGGUCAUUGUCGGUAGAUUUCGAUCCACAGAUUAAAAACACUCCCGAGAAAGUGAGCAAAGCUCCGACCAGGAAAACUAUGCAUUGUGCAGCGGACUUGUCUGCAAAAUCGUUGAAAACGACAAUGGAGCACAAUAGAACUGCCGUGGUGAAGAAGACAAAGUGA